AUGGCUUUGCAGUAUUUGCGGAUGCAGAGGCAGCGUCAAAAACUUAAACUAGUGCAACUGGUCAUCAUUACCCGAUCAUUGAAUCUUGCAGAAAAAACAUCACUUGCCAACUUUGAUAUUUAUCUGCAAGUCAAGUCCAUUUCUUGGGACCGCGUAUUAACCUUGGCGUUCGCCUAUGAUGCUAUUUCUAGUGACAAUUUAUAUACUAAAAUAAGUGCUGCAUCAAUAUGA